CGCGCCCCGCGGCCCUCGGCGAGCAGCUCGGCUCCCCCCAGCGCUCCCCGGGCCCAAAGAUAUGGCAAUGGUAGUUAGCAGCUGGCGAGAUCCGCAGGACGACGUGGCCGGGGGCAACCCCGGCGGCCCCAACCCCGCAGCGCAGGCGGCCCGCGGCGGCGGCGGCGCGGGCGAACAGCAGCAGCAGGCAGGCUCGGGCGCACCGCACACUCCGCAGACCCCGGGCCAGCCCGGCGCACCCGCCACCCCCGGCACGGCAGGGGACAAGGGCCAGGGCCCGCCUGGCUCGGGCCAGAGCCAGCAGCACAUCGAGUGCGUGGUGUGCGGGGACAAGUCAAGCGGCAAGCACUACGGCCAAUUCACCUGCGAGGGCUGCAAAAGUUUCUUCAAGAGGAGCGUCCGCAGGAACUUAACUUACACAUGCCGUGCCAACAGGAACUGUCCCAUCGACCAGCACCACCGCAACCAGUGCCAAUACUGCCGCCUCAAGAAGUGCCUCAAAGUGGGCAUGAGGCGGGAAGCGGUUCAGCGAGGAAGAAUGCCUCCAACCCAACCCAAUCCAGGCCAGUACGCACUCACCAACGGGGACCCCCUCAACGGCCACUGUUACCUAUCUGGCUACAUCUCUCUGCUGCUGCGCGCGGAGCCCUACCCAACGUCGCGCUACGGCAGCCAAUGCAUGCAGCCCAACAACAUCAUGGGCAUCGAGAACAUCUGCGAGCUGGCCGCGCGCCUGCUCUUCAGCGCCGUCGAGUGGGCUCGCAACAUCCCAUUCUUCCCGGAUCUGCAGAUCACCGACCAGGUGUCCCUUCUGCGCCUCACCUGGAGCGAGCUGUUCGUUCUCAACGCGGCCCAGUGCUCCAUGCCGCUGCACGUGGCGCCGCUGCUGGCCGCCGCCGGCCUGCACGCCUCGCCCAUGUCCGCCGACCGCGUCGUGGCCUUCAUGGACCACAUCCGCAUCUUCCAGGAACAGGUGGAGAAGCUCAAGGCGCUGCACGUCGACUCGGCCGAGUACAGCUGCCUCAAAGCCAUCGUGCUGUUCACGUCAGAUGCCUGUGGCCUGUCAGAUGCUGCCCACAUCGAGAGCCUGCAGGAGAAGUCGCAGUGUGCGCUGGAAGAGUACGUGAGGAGCCAGUACCCUAAUCAGCCCAGCCGCUUCGGCAAACUGCUACUGAGGCUGCCCUCGCUGCGCACCGUGUCCUCCUCAGUCAUUGAGCAGCUGUUCUUCGUUCGUUUGGUAGGUAAAACCCCCAUCGAAACUCUCAUCCGUGAUAUGUUACUGUCUGGGAGCAGCUUCAACUGGCCUUACAUGUCCAUCCAGUGUUCCUAGACCUUGGGCACUUCCCACCUGCCCCCACCUCCCUAGAGACUCAGAGGACCAGCAGGGGCCAUGGACUCCAAAGCCUGGGGGACACGGGGCGGCUGAUGCAGGGUGCAGUGUACUGGGCAGGCUGGGCAGGGGGGAGGAGGGCCGGGAAGGCAAGAGCAGCCCACCCUGCAGAAAUGCAACCUGAGCUGCAAUCCAAGAGAAAAAGAGACUCUUUUAGGAUCAGAUCUGUGAACACAUUGGAAAGGAAAGAAAAAGGACCUUGUGUCUGGUGAGAAAAAGAAAACAAUCUUUGGAAGAGAGGACCAUGAGAAUUUUAAUGAAACAAGAGGAAACUAAUGGAUCUUCCAGGAUUUAUUGUGGACGGAUGUGGAUAUAUUCUGUACAGAAAACAACACACAUGGAAGUGGACUGAAUCCUAUGUAGAAACACAUGCACCCCCAAACAUUGUUAUUCAUUUUGUAAGAUACUAGUCUUUAUUUUCAUUUUUUUGUAAAAUUUAAACAUCGUAUGCACAUAAAAAAAGGAAACAAGAAUUAGGGGAAAAUAACAUUUUCCAAAUAAUUAUAAAAAUUGUCCUGUGUCUAUGUAUCUAUAUCUGUUUUGUAUUUUUUUCUGGUUCCAAACCAGAUUUCCUGUGAUUCUAUACUAAUAAUUUUUGAUAUAACCCUUUGCUUCUUAUAAUGAGUGCGAUAUAUGUUGUCGAGGCUGUUCUUCAAGAAUUAAAAUUGAAGUGAAAAUUUAAACAAAAUAAAAGAAUUUAGCAAAA